AUGGCCUCAGCGCUAGGCAUCCCCCCUGGCGUCAGCGCUAUUUUUAGCCUCUUCAUCACGAGGGCCCUCGCGGAGGCCAGGGAGACCACGAAGACCUGGCUGCCCGAUGACGAUAAAUUCAAUAGUUGGCUCGGCUUCUCCCCGUCGAAGGGAGAAUUUUGGCUCACGGGCACGCUAGGAAGAGGAAAAUCGACGAGACUCCGUACUGGAGCUCGGUCACGAUCUCAACGAGAGACAGACCAAAGGCACUUAGCCAAGCUCGGCGUCACAUUAGCCCCCCAACUGGCCGUGAGCGCCCCAGUACUUUCACCUCAAGUCAAGGAUGCGAUCGAUGCCGACUCCGCCAACUCUUAUACCUGGGGUCGAAUAGGCGAAUAUAACACUGUCCCCAGGGAUCUGAAAGAUUAUUCGGUCAAGGCGAAGGUUGGGAAACACCACGUAGACGCCCUGCCAGAUACUGGCGCCCAGUGCAACUUGAUCUCAUUACAACUGGCUGAAAAGGCCGGCCUCGUACCCAGGAAAGGAACUGAACAAGCAAUUCGCUUACCGACCGGCAAACAAGUGUCAUCACCAGGAGCUGUUCGGAUCCCCUUUUCCUUCUUGGGAGAAGCCAAGGAAUACAUGCUGAAAUGCUGGAUUAUUCCAGGGUGCAACAGGGACCUCAUCCUCUCAAGGGAGUUUCUCGAUGCCACCAAGACACUCACGAAGUUUAUUCAUCGCAUCACCUCAAAAAUUAGGAAAGUAACAAGGAGACACCGGCUCAACCUUCUCGGGGAUGAGAGACAGCGGAUUUGGGGGGGCGUCAAUAACUCGCUCGCCCUUGCUCUCCCAGACACUGGGUCAGAUGUCAUGCUUGUGUCGGCUGAGUACACAAGGCGGAAUAACCUUGAUGUCGAGCGAGGGCCGGAGCAUCAGCUCGAGCUUGGAUUCGGCGACGGAUCAACCGCUUUUACCACAGGUGUGGUCCGCAACGCUGAGUGGGCUUUUGGCGACUCGGGACAGAAGGUCCUCUGCGACCUUUACGUCCUGGACGACCUGUCGGUGGAUGUGGUGCUCAGUGGCGACUUUGUCUUUGAGUUCGGAGUGUUUGACAGGUUCAGUCGCUUCCUUGUGCACCUCGACUCGUUGCCUGACUUGUCGGAACUAUAUAACAUUAGGUUGAUCGGCAAGUACAGCCCAGAGCUGCAGAGGCUCGAAACACUCUGCUACAAUGACUUAAAUUCUCCCCAUGCCUUCAGCCCCAGGGCGGUCAAAGCUGAGCGAGUUCGACGCGACCAGAUCAGGGACGCGAUCAAUGCACUCCCCUCGGCAGAACAAGCGGAGUCCUGGGUUGCUGAACAUAGGAGACAGGAGCUCUGGGAAGGGUUUAGAGCCAAGCACCGGCCAAAACAAGGUGCGAUGACUACUUCGUCAGUGCCAUCCUUACGGACAUUGCCCGGACAAUGUCAAAAGCGAGUGAGCGAGCGAGCGACGGCGUUUGGAUAG